AUUGGUUACAGCAAUAUGACACAUUAGAACAAGUAAUAGCGAAUAUUCGGUCUAAAACUGGGUAACCCUCCCGAAUGUGAGGCUGACAAAUCUCUUAUUUUAAACACUCAAAUUAAGUGGACCUUGGUGGAAAUCGGCGCACAUGCCACUCCUUGUAAUGCCAUAAUUAUAUGGCUCUGGGCAGGCCUUUUUAACCUGAAAUGUACAAAGCUCCGCCUGCGUGCUACGAGCUAUAGGCUACUUUCCCGGUGUUAUAAAUGAGAAGCAAACAAUAUCAACAACUUAAGUUAACAGCACCCUGGGAAAAGGAUGCUGGCUUUGGAAGAAGGCUCAGAACAUACCGGAAUCAGAGCAAAAUAAUUGCUCAACCAGGUAUCGUGAUGAAAGUGUUGCGCAGAAAGAGGAUUGUCUUGCUCAUAGCGUAUUUUUUACUGCUGGUCUUAACAAUGCUGAACCUGGCUAACUACAAAUGGACUAAAGAGCCACAACAAUGCAACCAGAUGAGGAGCACUCCUUAUCAAAGCAGAUCCGACAUCCGCUUUCUCUACAGACCCUCACUGGCUAAAAAGAGACAGCUAGUAUACGUUCUGACAACUUGGCGAUCGGGAUCCUCAUUUUUUGGAGAGCUCUUUAACCAACAUCCAGAAGUGUUCUUCUUGUACGAGCCAAUGUGGCACAUCUGGCAGAAACUGUACCCAGGGGACGCGGUAUCUCUGCAAGGGGCAGCUAGAGACAUGCUAAGUUCUUUGUAUCGUUGUGAUCUCUCCGUUUUCCAACUGUAUAACAGCCCAGGUGGCAAGAAUUUUACCUCCCUCGGGCUCUUUGGGGCUACGCUUAAUAAGGCAAUUUGCUCAUAUCCCCUCUGCUCCGCUUACAGAAAAGACGUUGUGGGGAUGGUGGACGACAAAGUGUGCAAAAAGUGCCCACCUCAGAGUUUAAGGCUUCUGGAAGAGGAGUGUCUCAAGUACAGUACUGUGGUUAUAAAGGGGGUACGCAUUUUGGACAUUAACGUUUUAGCUCCACUGAUGGAGGACCCAUCAUUAGACCUGAAAGUGAUUCACCUGGUGAGAGACCCGAGGGCCGUAGCAAAUUCAAGGAUCAAGUCGAGGCACGGUUUGAUCCGUGAAAACUUACAAGUGGUCAGGAGCAGAGACCCCAAACUUCGCCGGAUACCUUUCGUCGACCCCAGUCACAAAGCAAACAAAAAGGAUGGCUCAGACUACCAUUCGAUUGGAGCUAUGGAAGUAUUAUGCGAUCGGACCUCAAGAACUUUGAGAACUGCCUUAAAUCCACCCAGCUGGCUCAAGGGAAAGUACAUGGCAGUGCGAUACGAAGAUCUCGUCGAUAAUCCAAUUAAAACCUUGCGGCUCGUUUAUCGCUUUGUAAAUCUGACCGCUAACCAUGACAUAGAGUCUUUCGCCAGGAACAUGACCAGUGGUACAAGCUCUUCAUCUAAGCCUUUCAUUGUGUCAGCCAGGAAUGCGACACAAGCCGCCAGUGCAUGGAGAACUCUGCUUAGCAUUCAACAAAUUAAACAGGUCGAGGACUAUUGUCACCACUCAAUGGCUUUGCUUGGAUACGAGCGCGUAAGAACAGCUGGGGAGGCAAAGGACCUGAGCAAAUCUUUACUGACAGUCCCAAAACUGUGACAGUGUUGCAACCAAAGACAAUGACUAUGACUACUCAGUGCAGCAGGCAAAGGAACAAGCCCAGAUGGACUGAAUUGCCCGUUCUCAUCAUCAAUCAUCAUUGUGUUCUUAAAUUAAUCGUAAUAUGUGCUGAAUGAAAAAGCUUUAUUUCAAAGUCCUUGUUUUAAUGAAUCACAUCGGAAUGUAUCUUUUUUUCUUUUUAAACGUAACGGUGUGGCCUUUUAUGGGACCACUACGUUUGCAACUGGACCACUGGAUGUGUUUGACAAUGCCACAGCUAUUAAUUAAAAUUUAAAUGGUACACUACAACUAAGGAAA